UGCCUGUGUUUAUAUUCAAAACGGCAUGUUGGCCAGUGUACACGCGUGUGACAAAUAAAUACAUUGAUUAAAUGAUUAUUCUGUAAAAUAAAUCAACGGAACGUUUUAUCAGUUUUGUUAAAAAGUUAAAAUUGAUCUGCAACAAUUGCGCAUUCAAGAAACAAUAAUACUAUUUCCGCAUUCCCGAUGAUGCAGAAAGUAAAAAAGAUACGUUAAGCGGAAUUGACUAUGGGACCACAGGCAUGGGCGUGUGCGCAGACCCUGGGUCUUUUCAAUGGUGUCAGGCAUUAAGCCGGUCGCAUUCGUCGUACGCCACAAACCAAAAGCAGCAACGACAGGAACAAAUCGCGAGAAGUACUGCAACAGCAAGAAUAACCACGAUUCAAGUCAAUAAUUUGACAACGGCUCCUACAAAAACGGCGGCCUUCACAUUUAAAACUACAAGAAGAAGAAAUAAGGUCGUCCAAUUGAAUGCACCUUCUGGGAUAAGCAAGGCUAUCUAUAACGCCAGCUACAGAUUCAUCCUGGUGCUCAAAUUUUUGUUCAUAUGGCUAAUUGCAGUUUUGAUUAAAAAUGCGGAAGCGCAUAACAUUCCAGAGGAUGCUGUGCAUAUCACCGCUAUAUUGGGUGAAGGCGUUAUCUUCAAUUGUCACGUCGAGUUUCCCAAUGAUCAUCCAGUGCCAUAUGUCCUCCAGUGGGACAAGAAGGUGAGCGAAACGGGCUCUGAUCUACCAAUAUACAUCUGGUAUGAAAGCUAUCCAGAGCACAUCGAGGAGGGCUAUAAAGGGCGUGUAUCACGGGUAUCACAGGACUCACCAUUUGGUUCCGCGUCACUUAACUUGACUAACAUCAGGGAGUCGGAUCAGGGUUGGUAUGAAUGCAAAGUAGUAUUUCUCAACCGCGAUCCCAAACAACAUAAGAACGGUACGUGGUUCCACUUAGAUGUACAUGCGCCGCCACGUUUUAGUGUAACGCCAGAGGAUAUAAUAUAUGUUAAUUUAGGUGACUCAAUUAUUUUAAACUGUCAAGCUGACGGCACGCCAACGCCAGAAAUUCUUUGGUAUAAGGAUGCGAAUCCGGUUGAUCCCUCUCCUACUGUAGGCAUCUUCAAUGAUGGCACCGAGCUACGGAUCUCUACCAUACGUCAUGAGGAUAUUGGAGAAUACACUUGCAUUGCACGCAAUGGUGAGGGACAAGUCUCUCAUACGGCCCGUGUUAUAAUUGCGGGCGGCGCUGUAAUCAUGGUGCCGCCCACGAAUCAAACCAAGCUUGAGGGUGAAAAGGUCAUAUUUUCAUGCGAGGCGAAGGCCAUGCCAGGAAAUGUGACUGUGCGCUGGUUUCGAGAAGGCUCACCGGUACGCGAGGUUGCUUCGCUUGAAACGCGCGUUACUAUUCGCAAGGAUGGCUCGCUCAUUAUAAACCCUGUCAGUGCUGACGACUCAGGCCAAUAUCUAUGCGAAGUGACCAAUGGUAUAGGAGAUCCACAGAGCGCAUCCGCAUAUCUUAGCGUUGAAUAUCCUGCCAAAGUGACCUUUACACCAACUGUGCAGUAUUUGCCCUUUCGUCUGGCUGGAGUCGUGCAAUGCUACAUAAAAUCAAAUCCACAACUGCAAUACGUUACUUGGACGAAAGACAAGCGGCUCCUAGAACCCUAUCAAAUGAAAGAUAUUGUAGUUAUGGCCAACGGUUCACUUUUAUUUACUCGUGUUAAUGAGGACCAUCAGGGGCGCUACACGUGUACUCCAUAUAAUGCGCAGGGAACACAGGGUUCUUCGGGAACAAUGGAAGUACUGGUGCGAAAACCACCUACGUUCACUAUAGAGCCAGAUACGUUGUAUCAACGAAAGGUCGGGGACAGUGUUGAAAUGAACUGCGACGCAGUCGAGGCUGAGGGUACUGAACGACCCACUAUCAAAUGGCAGCGUCAAGAGGGCGAGCAAAUGACCGACUCGCAACGUAACCGCGUGAAAAUAUCCGGUGGGAACAUAACAAUUGAGAAUUUGAGGCGAGAAGACUUUGGAUAUUAUCAGUGCGUGGUAUCGAAUGAGGUGGCCACACUUUUAGCCGUCACACAGCUGGUUAUAGAGGGUACACAGCCACAUGCACCCUACAAUAUCACGGGUAGGGCGACGGAGUCAUCAAUAACCUUGCAGUGGCUGCCUGGCUAUAGCGGGGGUUCUGAAUACAAGCAGGAUUACACAAUUUGGUAUCGCGAAGCCGGUGUUAACGAUUGGCAGACGAUUUCAGUGACACCAUCAGGAAGCACGCAGGUUACCAUUAAUGGAUUGGCUUCAGGGACUACGUAUGAGUUUCAGGUGGUUGGCCGAAAUAUACUAGGUGAUGGCAUGAUGAGCAAAGUGAUGACAGUACGUACUUUAGAAGACGCUCCGGCAGCGCCACGUAAUGUCAAGGCUGCAACACAACCGCCCGAUCACUUCUUUCAGCUAAUGCCAGAUGAAGCUGGGCCAAAGCCUGGUCCUCCUAGGAACGUUUCUGUGACGGAGGUCUCAAAUGGAUUUCUCAUUUCGUGGCAAUCGCCUCUUGAACGUGCACACAUCGUUAAAUUCUACACAAUCAAGUAUCGCACGGACGCGCAAUGGAAAACGCUCAAUCGGGGUCAAAUACGACCGGAGGAGACACAAUAUCUCGUAAAGAAUUUGGUUGGAGGACGAACCUACUAUUUUCGUGUGUUAGCCAACUCUGAAAAAUCCUACGAGUCCAGUGAAGAAGUAAAAUUUCCAGUACCGGCACGUGUCAAGCAUAAAGCUAUAACCGCCGGCGUCGUUGGGGGCAUCCUGUUUUUUAUUGUUGCGAUCAUUUUAUCGGUUUGUGCCGUAAAAAUUUGCAAUAAACGUAAGCGACGAAAACAAGAAAAAGAGUUCAACAUGGUAGCUUGCAGAAUAACGGAUGCUCGUAAUACGUUAGUCAAUAAUCAUCAAGUGAAAAUUCAUAAUACGGGCUCAAUUUCCUCUGGUCAAGUGCCUUUAAAAAAAAAAAAUGAUAAUGAAUAUUACCGUGAUUAUGAAAGCGUUUUUAUAGUUCCAGGUCAUCCUGUCUUAAUCAAAAUCGUACAAAAAAACCCGAAUAUCAAGUCUAACUGCAAUACUGAUUGCCAUCUGCACUGGGUAUGGCCUCCUGAACGCUGCACCAACUGCCAUUCCAUUUAUAGCUCGGCCAAGCUCGAAGAGAAUGACGAAGAUGAAAAAAAUCAUGCCGUUAGUCGAAUACACCGUAGAAGUGAUGGGCGUUUUGUUUUGGUCAAUGGGGGCCUUAGCUUCCAAAAAAAAGGCUAUGACAAUACUCAGAAUAACGAUUUAGUGGAUGGCACCAUUUUGGAGCGCCGUAACAGUAACGUUUCACAGAAGUCAUCUAGUGACGAUGGAGGUUUUCUUUCACGCCGCAACUUUAUCACGGCGCGUGCUUCCUGGCGUCGCCCAUUAGUGGUCUCAUCCAGCCAGCUAAGUCUCCAAUCGGCAGCAGAUUCCGCUCGUGGAUUUCUUCAGGGAUUAGGUGGUCUUCUCAAAAUUGGAGGUUUUGAUAGCAAUGGAAAUGAGGAGUGCCAAUUAAGAAACAACCCGACGGUAUUUAAUGAAGAAACAAGCGGAGUACAUUACCAAAAUGUGGUGCAGCCUAACUACUCUCAAAACAACUAUAAAAAUAUGAAACAAACUCCAGCAAAUAGUCGCCCAUUGCAUAUUAACACUAUCAGCGGCAGCUUUGGCUCCAAUCUUUAUCCGUAUCAUCCGGGUCUGUUUUCCAGCUCACCAGCAAGCGUUUUAACUAGCCAACAGCCAUUGCACAGCGCUAUUCACUCGCCAACACAACGCUCCGGAUACCAAACCCACUUUAGUGAUCUCAGUACUGUUCACCCCAAUUCCACGGAGCGCUCGCUGCCCACAUCAUUCGCCAGUGUCGGAGGCAAUUCAAGUCGUCAUCGCUACUACUCUCAAGAUCUCCCUUCUUUACGUACCAUUCAUGAGGAGUCUUACCGACAGCAGCAGCCGCAAUUUCAUCGAUUGGACGACCACUUUGUCCCAUUGGAACUGCCUUCGCCUCCAUCAUGGCGUAGCUAUUUCCAUAAUCAGUUACCGUACAACAGUUAUCGACCGCGAACACGAUGGUAUCCUCGUCACCACUCUCGGCUAUUCGGACGACAGCAUCAAGAACUGCUUUCACCACUGCCUGAUCUAAAUUUAUCUCUCCGUGGCACAAACAAUAGCAUGGGCUUGGACGUUUCGCCAGAGUCACGCUCUAGCUCAAGUGGAUUCGGAUCAAAAAACACUUCAAAUCACCCGGGCAGCAACAAUGAGUGGCGUCUUUUACCACCGUACCGUCCACCACCCUCGCCGCCAAAGCCGUCGGCCUACUUUGGUGCCAACACGCUUGAAACUCAAGCAGCUCACACUCAGACCCUGACACCGAGUCAGUGUCAACACCAUCCGUAUUUUAGGUCCAGCCCUUCGAAGCCAGAAGGUACUCCAAUGUCGUCCUAUACAAUGGCCCAUUGGUUGGAAGUAAUCUCAAGACUAAACGCAGCCACCGAUAGCAGUCUUUCAAAAUCUAUUGAUGUGGGCAGCGUUGACGGGCACUAUGAGUUUGAUCCGGCCACCCCAACACCCAGUGUAACAACGCCAACGGCUGGACUAUUCAGGGAUGAUCUAAAUACAAGAAUUGACACCCAACACUAUUCGCAUUCACAUCACAAUCCUCCCUCAUCAAUGUAUCAGCAUCCCCAUUCAUUUGGAUUUCUGGGUGGGAGCUUGUUACAAGCGACGCCUUCGGGUUUGGCCAACUAUAGUGUUUUGGGAACACGGAAGCUGCGUUCGCUGCCGCGAUACGAUAACGUUGAGAUACGUUUGCAAGCCAUGCGAGAAGAGUUUUAUGCCUUUCGCAAACGACAGGCCAUGCAGCGGUCAGGUCUGCCAGAAAUGGAAAGCGUUUGUUGAUGUUUGAAAUGCUAGUACCUAGCCCCGAUUAUAUUACAAUAUGUAUGAAAAAACUGCGAUACAUUUGCCACUCAUAGCCAUUAUAUUUAAAAAAUGUGGAAAUGACAGAAGUAAAUACUUUGUAACGGCAUCAACGAUGACACGCAAUUAAAAAUCGCAUUAAGACACGAUAGUAUGAUACGAUAUACAUAUGUAUGUUUGUUUGAAAAGCCUACUGGUAGCUAUUUGGUAAAUUAAUACACACGGAAGUUAAGCACGGCAGAGGCGCAAUAUAAAAUGAAUAGAAAUUAGGUAGUUUUUAUCAUAAUAAAAGAAACAACAUUGUAAGCACAUUUAGAGCCUAACUUCACAAAAUAUAUAAACCUUAUAAUUAACUGAAAUUAUUACCUACUUACAUACCAUUAAAUUUAAUUUUGUAAAUACAUAAAUACAUUGAAGCAUAUUAUUAAAUACAUAAAUAGUUACACAUAAGUACGUAAGUUAUACAGCAAAACCAGGAAUGUAGAAAAAAUAUAAUAAAUCAUAUUACUAAUGCAGAGUAAAAAUGCUCGCUCAUCAUAAGUACUAUAUAAAUACCUUGCACUCAUAUUAACAAAUGGAUGAGUAGUACACAUAUUAAUGGGAUUUUAUAGCAAUGGAAAACAAAUCCUUCAAAAGGUGUUUUGUCGUGAAAAUAAUCGUGAUCUGAUUACAUAUAAAAGACAUACUUAGUUCAGUAUUGAUAACAAAAGUUCCCAACAUUUAACUGUAAGAACAGUCUAAUUCUAAAGUUGUAAUAUGAAAACAAUUGCAUUUCUUGGGUCUUAUAUAUAUACUUAUAUAUAUACACGAACAUACACACUUUACAAUUUUAUCCAAUAUAUGAGUGCAGGGGUACAUUAAUAGUUAUUAUUUAUUGAUAUUAAACAUAAAUCUCUUGAGUAUAGUACACACACAUGUCGGUAAUCACACUUCUGUGUUACAUAAGCUGCAGAAAUAGUACUGAUUGAAAUGUUAAAAAUUCACAAAGGUGACGUAAAGUAUGUUAUGUAAAAAUUAAAUAACAAUAAGAAAAAUGUGCUUACGACUAAGCAUUUGGUUCAUCAUUUUAAGAAAUAAAAUGUAAAACUAAAAACGCUAAAAAUGCACAUGAAA